AUGGGCUGCUCUGGAGGUUCUGGAGGUUGCACGUCUGGCUGCGGAGGCUGCGGAGGCUGCGGUGGAAGCUGUGGAUCUGGCUGCUGCGUGCCCGUGUGCUGCACGACCUGCUGUAAGCCAGUGUGCUGCAGCUCUGGUUGCGGCAAAGGAGGCUGUGGAUCCUGCGGAGGCUCCAAAGGAAGCUGUGGUGGAGGCUGUGGUUCCUGUGGAGGCUCCAAAGGAGGCUGUGGUUCUUGUGGAGGCAGCAAAGGAGGCUGUGGAUCCUGUGGAGGCUCCAAAGGAGGCUGUGGUUCAUGCGGAGGCACUAAAGGAGGCUGCAGAUCCUGUGGAGGCUCCAAAGGAGGCUGUGGAUCCUGUGGAGGCUGUGGCUCUUGUGGAGGUGGCAAAGGAGGCUGUGGUUCAUGUGGCGGCUGUGGUUCCUGCUGCCAGUCCUGCUGCUGUGUGCCCUGCUGUGCCCAGAACAGCUGCUGUGUGCCCUGCUGUGCUCCCCCCUGCUGCCCGGCCAGCUGCUGUGUGCCCUGCUGCUGCCAGGCCAGCUGCUGUAAGCCCCCCUGCUGCCAGUCUGGCUGCUGUGUGCCCUGCUGCGUGCCCCCCUGCUGCCAGGCCAGCUGCUGUAAGCCCCCCUGCUGUGCCCAGGCCAGCUGCUGUAAGCCCCGCUGCUGCCAGUCCGGCUGCUGUGCGCCCUGCUGUAAGCCCCCCUGCUGUGCCCAGGCCAGCUGCGAUCACCCCCUCUGCUGCCAGUGUAAGAUCUAA